GUCAACGACUCGAACCUCUCCCACUCCAUCUCCACGAGUUUACAUCCACUGCCUUCCAAUUCUAUUUUCUUAAUCAAGCUUCGUUGCUUGGACGACUGCCGCAAAAAUGGGUGCCAUUCCGGAAGCCGACCCUGAUGAGCCUGUUGAGACCAAGCCCUUCAAGUUCGUUACUGGUGAGCUAUGACGCCCGUUUCCCUCAACAGAACCAGACCAAGCACUGCUGGCAAAACUACGUUGACUACCACAAGUGCGUGAACGCCAAGGGCGAGGACUUCCGCCCAUGCCGCCAGUUCUACCUCGCUUUCCGUUCUCUCUGCCCCAAACCUUGGACUGAUCGGUGGGAUGAACAACGCGAGGCUGGUAACUUCCCUGCCCGCCUGGACCGGUAAAUUAUAUAAGAUAGCACCUAGAACUCAAGCGUUGAUUUAACCUUGAAUGGUUGUUCUUUUGUCAACAUGUAUACUAGCUGGUCUGCGGGGAUCCUGAUAAAGCCCCAUUAUUCUCUUCUUCCUCCCCAUUCCGUGAGCUAGUUGAGGAUGAAGGUGUCUAUAGACUCGCCGUAGUACGAAAUGUGCGCAUUCUCGUGUUG